UUUCAAAUCGGGCAAAUCGACAAAUUUCUUGUGUUUGGAUGGUUUAUCAACACCCCAACUAGUUUAGGUUAAAAGGUAAAUAGCCUCUCCGGCUACUAACCGCCGUCUGGUCUCCACCACCAGCUAUCUCUUCUAUCUCCUGAAUCUCACAAGCUGCUUCCAGUUGGUGAUUACAGUGAUAUUUGCAGCAGCUAUCUUUGCUGUGGGUAUGUAUGGCUAAGAUUACUGAGAAAAUAACACAACUUGGGUGGUUUUAUGGAUCUUCUUUGACAGCAACCUUUACAAGGAAGCCCCUUCUUGUUCCUGCGCGUAAAACCACCGUCAAAUUAAACAACCCGUUAUUUCCCUUUCCCAGAACUCAGGUCCUGUACCGGUGUUGCAGAGCAAUGUCAAAGACAAACAGAACUUUGUCGUCAAGUCGACCCGUUUUGGUGAAGGAAAACAUUGAUCUAACUGAUAAAGAAAAACAGAUAUUUGAUCGGCUGCGUGCAGUUCUUCGUCAUUUCAGUCUUGAAACCAAGCUUCGAGUUGCGGGUGGGUGGGUUCGUGACAAGCUUCUAGGGAAAGAGUGUUAUGAUAUCGAUAUCGCGCUUGAUAAUAUGUUGGGAAGAGAGUUUUGUGAAAAGGUGAAUGAGUAUUUGGUAGCUUCGGGUGAAGAAACGCAAGGAGUUGGUGUUAUUCAAAGCAAUCCGGACCAGUCUAAGCAUUUGGAAACCGCAAGGAUGCGUCUUUUCGACGUCUGGAUCGAUUUCGUGAACCUGAGAUCUGAAGAUUACUGUGAAAACAGUAGAAUUCCGACGAUGCAGUUUGGCACUGCGGAACAGGAUGCUUACCGAAGGGAUUUGACGAUUAACAGCUUGUUUUAUAAUAUCAAUACAUGCUCGGUUGAAGAUUUGACAGGGAGAGGGUUGGAAGAUUUGAAAUGUGGAAAAAUCGUGACGCCUUUACCGCCAAAAGAGACGUUUUUGGAUGACCCGUUGAGAGUUCUUAGAGCUAUUCGUUUUAGUGCUAGGUUCGAGUUUGAAAUGGUGGAAGAGUUAAAGGUUGCAGCUGCGGACAACGAUGUGAAAUCUGCCAUUUCUGAUAAAAUAAGCAGGGAACGUAUCGGUCACGAGAUUGAUCUUAUGGUAAGUGGGAACCAACCGGUUAAAGCAAUGACUUACGUAUCUGAGUUGGGGUUACUUAGGGUUGUCUUCACACCACCCGAAAAUUGUGACCCGUCGAUCUCAAAAGAACACGAUAAAGCUUGCGUUGGAUAUAUGGAUUUAGCAUGGAGACACAUGCAUGGGGUUGGAUGUAGCUUCAGUGACGAACAAAGGAGACUGUAUUUGUACGCAUCGUUGCUUCUUCCGCUUAGGAAAACCGUUUACCUUGAUAACAAAAAGAAAACAGUACCCGUAGCGAACUACAUCUUUAGAAACUCCCUCAAGUUGAAAGCUAGCGAUGCCGAUGAUGUCAUGAGGCUGCACAGUGCGGCCGAGAAGCUCUUGUCUUUGAUACCAUUCGUGUUAUCUGGCGACAACAUGCAAACCGGUGAAAUCACUUGGGAAACGGAGGUUAUAGACGUUGACGUGUCGUUGAAGUUAAGGAUCUUGUUGGGUUUGCUUCUUAGGGAAAUUAAAGAUUUAUGGAGGGCUGCGUUGAUGCUUUCGACUCUUGUAUACAACAAUGAUUCUUCCGUUGAGGGGGAUUUAGAGAAAAGAAGACAAGUGUUUACGGAGGUUGAGCGAGAAAUUUUGAAAUUAGGUUUGGAUAAAGUGUGGGAAAUUAAACCUUUGAUUAAUGGGAAGGAUAUAAUAAGGCUUUUGGAGCUUGGAAAAGGGGGUCCGGUUGUUAGCGAAUGGCAACGGAAACUGUUACAAUGGCAGCUUGCUUAUCCGUCUGGAUCCGUCGAGGAAUGCAUUGAUUGGAUGACAAGGCAAGCACGAUUGAAACAUAAUGUAGAUUCUUAGUUACAGGCUUAUUUAGGACUCGAAUUCCACCGCUUAAGUGCAUAGUCAUAGACCAUUUUACUGGUAUUGCUUAUUUUUGAACCUUUUUUAUUGAGGCUUUUUUUUUCAAAGUUUUGAAUGGAAUUGAAAAUAUGUUGCAAUGAUUUGUGCAAAGUUUGCAGUUAUGAUA